AGGGGGAAACUGAUAUGAGCAACUACACAUUUUCUUUUUUAGGAUAUUACAUUGUGUUGUGGAUGACUUUAAGUAAAUGUAAGUGUACGAAAGUAAUAAUUAUGCAAAUUGCCACGGAAAUAAAAUUUUGAUAAUGAAUUUUCUAUAAAAUUGGAAUAUUAGAAUUGUUUACUUGCGCAGUGCCUCUCUUUCACAUUUUUCCAAACUGCAUGGUGACCUCUGAGGUCAAUGUACAUCGGAGAUUAGGAACAGGAAUUACUGUCAGGAAGACAAUAAUUCAUGAAUCGACAUUUUCUGCUGAUAUUGACUGCAUGGUUUAUUGCUUCAAAUCCACUCUGAUUCAAUGAGAUUAUAUAUAUAUUCAUGCAAUCACAAAUAUGUUAUUGUGUGUAUUUGUUCUUUUAUUUUUCAAUUUAUUUACUGUCAGUUACCGCUUGUAUUGCUUUAAAUCUAGGCUGCUUAAAAAGUGAAGAUUGUGGUUGAGGACCUCUUGUUUAUCUACAAGGAUUGCGGGGAAAGGGUACUGUAAAAAAGAGAGAUUUUCCUAGCGUGUAGUGCACUAAAUACUUGGCAUGUUCUAUGAUUGGGGUCUACUAAGCUGUGGAUGUAUAUAUACUUUGUCCUAAGGCCUAAAAGUUUAUCAAUAAAUGGAGAAAUUCUUAGAGGAUAAAUUAAAGAUAUUGUUUAUUUAUUGGAUAUAUAUACAAAUUGCAGCUUGAAUUCAAACAAAAUCAGUUUACUGUGACCAUUGCUGUUGGAUAUUCUGAUUGGAAGUGAAUCCGAUAACUAAAUCGUAUAAUUCAAUCAUAUUAGCCAGCAGCUUAAACUUCUGUGAGCCACUCUGUCUGACAGUCUGAGUUCAAAAUACAUGUAAUUAGGUAAAAUGUGUGAUAUUUGUGUUUGUGAAUUAACUUGUUUCUGUGUUGCACCAUUCUCUUACCAGAGGGUGCAUUACACAAGCCUCAUUCUCUUACCAGAGGGUGCAUUACCCAAGCCUCAUUCUCUUACCAGAGGGUGCAUUACACAAGCCUCAUUCUCUUACCAGAGGGUGCAUUACGUAAGCCUCAGUUAGCCAAUGUGCCCUCUAGUUAGCUUUACAUGGAUCAGUAUAGUUUUCUGUAUAUCUGAUAAGAUCAACAGUCUUUGUAAUGACGCAGCACUGUGUCAAGGACAAUUUAUCUUAAGAUUUGAAUCUGCGUGAAAUUAAGCUUGACUGUUGAGGGAAGUUGUGUCCCUCAUCUGUCGGUAAGCUUACCCAGUGGAGAAAUUAUGCAGACAACUAUUAGGGUAUAAUAAUGAUUUGAACCCAUGGUGUUGUUUUUAUUGGUGCUGCUGGCAUUUAUGGACAGUAGGGUCAAGUAUUUUAGAUGGUCAGUUUCUAAGAAUCUGUUAAACACUAUACAUAAUUCUAACAUGCAUGGACUGGAUCAUCUAUGGAUGUAUGCCUACAUUUUCUGGAUGUAGUUUUUGUCUGUUUGUUGCAUUUAUGGAUGCAUGCAAACAUUCAUGCUACGUCUGUCAGAAUGACAUAUGUAUUUGAUGUACCACCUAGGUUACGGUGAAUUCAUAUAAAACUAAGUCAGGAAUGUCAGCAGUUUCUUCAUUUUCUGAUGAAUUAUUACAGAGAUACAUGUAUAUGCAUACCCUAAUUGAGUUGAAUAUUGUUUAUUGUCAUUUUCAAUCAAAAAUUAUUUAAAAACCAUGGACAAAAUUACUUCAACUAUGAUUUUUAGCCAAAGGCUCAAGUGAGCUUUUCUGAUCAAAAUUUGUCCGUUGUCUAGCUGUCGUUGUUGUUGUAAACUUUUCACAUUUCCAUCUUCUUCUCCAUAACUAGUGGGCCAAUUUCAACCAAACUUGGCACAAAGUAUCCUUGGGUAAAGGUCUUUCAAAUUUGUACAAAUGAAGGGCCAUACCCCCUUCAAAGGGGAGAUAAUCACAAAAAUGCAAAAAUAGGGUGGGGUCAUUUAAAAAUCUUCUCAAAAACCACUGGGCUAAAGGAACUGAAAUUUACAUGAAAGCUUCCUGUCAUAGUGCAGAUUCAAGUUGGUUAAAAUCAUGGCCCCUGGGGUAGGUUGGAGCCACAAUAGGGGAUUAAAGUUUUACAUGGAAUAAAUAGGGAAAAUCUUUAAAAAUCUUCUUCUCAAGAACCACUGAGCCAGAAGAGCAAAGAUUUACAUGAAAGCUUCCUGACAUAGUGCAGAUUCAAGUUUGUUAAAAUCAUGGCCCCUGGGGGUAUAAUGGGGCCACUAUAGGGGAACAAAAUUUGACAUACUAAUAUAUAGAGAAAAUCUUUAAAAACCUUCUCUAGAAUCAUUGGGCCAAAGAAGUUUACAUUUACAUGAAAGCUUCCUAACAUAAUGCAGAUUCAAGUUUGUAAAAAUCAUGGUCCCCUUUGGUAGGUUGGGGACACAAUAGGGACCAAAGUUUUACAUGCAAAUAUGUAUGGAAAAUCUUUAGAUAUGGGCCAAGGUGACUCAGGUGAGCAAUGUGGCCCAUGGGCCUCUUGUUUUCGUAUGUUUUAUUAAAUUAGAGUAGUAUAUAGGGGUAAAAAAAAAAUGGUUUACAAAAUUGGUUUUCUUUUUGUAAAUACUUUGAUAAUGGUACAUGUAACUAUGGAGAGAUUGAUACACUGUGUAGCUGAUGAAAGUGAGCACAAGAUCCAUAUAUUAAGACAAUUACAAGCUGAUAUUCAAGGUAAUCCAUUAAGUGAUAAAUAUGUUAUCUUAGUGCUGAAAAGCAAAGGUAUACAUUGGUAGUAAUGUUUGAAUUUAUAUUUCAAAAAUACAGGUAUAGAUUUCAUUAAGAGCAAAUGACCAUCAUUAUAUCAUAAGGUAUAAAUACUUCAAAGAUUAAAAUUAUUAUGUAUAAUAAAUUGCUAUAAUUGGAGUUAUACUUCUUCGGUUUAUAGCAACUGUAUGGGCAUAAUAUUUUUAUUUAAUCAUUUGUAAUGAAUAUUUUAUAUUCUCAGCUGCUUGGAUUCAAUGUCUUUGAAAGCUGGCUGAUUAAUUAAGGUAUAAAAGAAAAGCCCCUGUUAGAGUACUAUACAGCUAUUACAACCAACUAAUAGCUAUAAUUGCUGUCAGCUUUGGGAGGCUGUGAAACUUUACAGGCUUUAUUGAUCAGGGACUAUCUCCGUAUCUGUUGUCUUUUACCAAUCGGGAACCAGUAAAUUAUCUCAGAGGAGAGCGUGGAAGUUAGGUCUAUCAUUAACCAGAAUUUUCUCUGCGAUAGAUGCUGUCAUUACAGGUGUCUUGGGACUUGCAGGAUUUUUGUGUACAGUAGAGUAAAGAGAGACUGUUGAGUUUCAGUUUGCUGUGAAUGAACUUUAGCAUGCAUGGCCGGAAGCAGAAAAUCUACAAAGAGUAGGAAAUAGGUGGAACAAAAUGUUUUAUGUGUCGGUUCGUGGAUACUUUUGUGUGUAUUCCUAUCUGUAAUAGUAAUCCCGACAAUUGUUCACUAGUGGUUCGGUGCAGGUGAAAGUAACAAAGGACUUCAGGCCAAAUGUGUAUUAUUUUUGUUUGGAAAACUUUGGAUAUAGCUGAUUUUUUAAAUAUGUGCUAUACACAGUUCACUAAUCAGUAUGGCUGUUUGGGUAGAGGAUAUUUAACCUAAUAAUUUAUAUAAUGGAAGUUUAAACCUGUGUAUUUUUGGCAGUUGCUUACAAAUGUGUGAUUUAACAAUGUAGUUUUCGUGUCAGUGAGGAGAAUUCCGACUGUUGCGUGCUAUUUGUAUAAUUACAUUUUGACUUUGAUGGGACUGUUGUGACUGUGAGAUUGUUAGAGACAGGGUAUUUUUGUUGUGGGGAAAUUAACAUCCAAAAGAGAAUUCAAGGCCAUGCCAUUUGACAUGCAUGUUAAUUGUUAUAACGUUUGAUGACAUUUGACAUGCAUGUUGUUAUAAUGUUUAAUGUAUUCAUAAACUGCGUUGUAAGUUCUUCUCUGUAGUAUUGUACAGAUAAUGCUGUGGCAUUUGGACUCCAUGCAAAUAUUAAACCCAAUCUCUUUCUUCAUGCACUGCUGGGUUUUUAGCUCACUAAAACAUUGCAGAGCAGAUGAUAAAAGGUGAAUUAAGCUCCAAACAUGAAUAUUUUUAUCAUCAACAAAGCUCUAGUGUUUCUAACGACGACAGUGGAUUAGCCGUCUUAAUGGAUCACUGUGUUCAACAGAUAUUGCUGAGGCUAGCUGUUAUAUUCCUAUGUUUGUCGGCAUCUUGUGGUAGCUAGUCGAGCUAUCAGUAUUAGUUUGUGGUAGCUAGUCGAGCUAUCAGUACAUUAGUUUGGGUAUUGCUGUCAUGUAUCACAGUGAGUUCAGCUCACUCGUAGUCCCCCCGAGAGAUUUAUAUGCUGGUGAGCCCAGCUUGUGAUGUGUGAAGUCCUACAGGCUUACUGCAGUGUGUGAAGAUGUUCACCAAGAAGCUGGAAGGUUUAGAUGCUGGAGGAGGAGGAGGGAGACAUGGCAAAACUUCCCUGUUGUGUUGUUGUAUUCAGAAAUCACAGUCAUAUUCUGAGACACUGUCAGCAAAUAAACAAGAAAUAGAGAGUUAUGGAACCAUAGAGGGAUCCCAGGUGACCAAUGAUCUCAAAGGUGAUGAUGCAGAUGGACACAGUACAUUGACCAAUAGGUCACAAAAGAAAAAGAAGAAGAAAGAAAGAAAUGCUUAUGCCUAUGAUGAUACCAGCUCUUCCAGUGACAGCGAUGAUGAAAUACUGAAGCGCUACCAAGAAACACUGAAGCAUAGAGGCAGCAUACAGCGCUCGGACACCAAGCAGAGCAUCAGUAGUCUACAAAACGGUGGAGCAAAAAGGAAAAGUAGGACAUUUGAGAGCAAGGCAUCUUUGAUCAAGGAGACGAGAAGUCCUGCAGAUUUGUCUAGUGCUGAGGAAGAGGAUGGAACUGUGAGUCCGGAGAGAGUUCAGUCUGACGUCAAUUCGGGGGAACCUCUGGGCUCCCAGGAGUAUCUGUCCCCGUCUGCGACAGAUUCGCAGCAGCAUCUGGUGUAUGAGAACAAGGCAUACGACCAAGAGGACAAAAUGUCUACCACCGAGGAUGGAACACUGUCUGUACAGAGUGAAAGCAUGUUACCCGGCCCUGAGGAGGAUGACGAGCACCUGUUUGAUGUCAGUGACAUGGAUCGAGAGGAACCAUCAUUAAUUUCAAAAUGCGGCAGUCUGGAGAUGACAUUUAAGUACAACCCGGACCGGGGGAAGAUGGCAAUCACAAUCCACCAAGCACAGGACAUCCCAAGUAAGGAGAGGGGCGGGGCCAGUAAUACACAGGUCAGGAUCCUGCUGCUUCCCACCAAAAAGCAACGCUACAAAACUAAAGUCAAAGCUGGGGAAAACCCAGUGUUCAGUGAAAACUUUGUCUUCAACAAGAUUCCUCAAGAGGAAGUUUAUGACAUGGGGAUGCGAAUUCGGCUGUAUGGCAUGGAACGGAUGCGCCGUGAACGUAUGAUCGGGGAGACAAUUAUUGGCUUUGCGUCGCUAAAUCUGGACGUCACUUCCACCCACUGGAUCAUUCUGGAGCCGCGGAGUAACCUCAGUGCUGCAGACUCGCGAUUUGACGUGUCCAGUUUAUCACGCAGUGACAGUGCAUCAUCCACGCAGUCCAUGCAGCAUGGAGGAAUGCCAGAACUUCUGCUGGGCCUGUCGUAUAAUGGCACAACUGGACGACUGCAGGUGGAGGUCAUCAAGGGAAGUAACUUCAAAAACAUGGCCAUGACAAGACCCCCAGCACUACAGAAGUCUUCAAGUCAGUUUGUCAAGAAGCUAGACACUUACGUAAAACUGACAUUGAUGUCCCCAACUGGACAGGAAGUAGCUCGUAGUAAGACGUCCGUACGCCGUGGUCAGCCAAACCCACUAUUCAAGGAGGCGUUCAUGUUCCAGGUGGCGCUGUUUCAACUAGCAGAAGUCACUUUAAUGGUGUCUGUUUACAAUAAACGGAGCAUGAAGAAAAAGGACAUGAUUGGAUGGUUUGCACUUGGUUUAAACAGUAGUGGGGAGGAGGAACAGGCCCACUGGACAGAUAUGAGGGAGUCCAAGGGGGAUCAAGUGUGCCGCUGGCAUGUACUUCUGGAGUCCUAGGUUCUACACACAGGAAACAGAAUACGAGAGAUGAGGGAUAUGAAACAGAGGUUGUGAUCCAUGGAUAGACCGACUUUAUAAAGAAAAUAGCCCACACAAUAAAAUGAAAGAGUUUCCUAGUACCAUUUGACCAAAUUUGUAUGCACCUAGAAAAAAUAAAUGCACCAUGUAUAGCUUUAACCCAGUAAUGAAUACAUGUACUGAUAAGAUUUUUCUUUAUUCUCUGAAAAGUUGAUUUCACAUGUUUACAAAGAAGGUGUUAUUAUUUCUCAUUUAAACACUAGAAACAAUGGCAUAAAACUAAAAGUCUCUACAACCAAAAAUAUAAAUAAAAAGUAGAGAAGCAAUUACAUUGUGUUCAAAAGUGUCCACUUAUGGUUUAACUUUUAUCUACUUACAGGAUACUGAAAUGAAGAGACACGCUAUAUAUAUAAUUGUUUACCAUUCAUAUUUCCCAUUUAGUAUUCUGCAUAGCUGUUUCUUCAUUUCUAUGUAUUGAUUUCAACAGUAUUAACUUGAAUAUUGAGACAAGUAUUGCAGAAGUUUGUGUGCCUCCGUACUUACGUCGACGUUACAGCUUCUCUGCUGUGCUAUUUAUGGGGUGUUUUUUUUUAUCCUGAAAUCAUAAUUUUACCUACUCUUGAAGUCCGUUUCAUAUCAUGGACUCUUGAAAUUACCAACACAGCCUGUACUAUAAUGUCAGCUGAUUUUUUUCUACAGCAGUUUUCAUGUUUUCUUAUAAAUCAUAUUUGUUUCAUAGUUUGAAGUAGAUCAUAGUACAUCUUGAUCAUUCGAUUAUUUCUUUUAAAUGAAUAUUUGGAGAUUACAGUUAAAAGUACUUAUAAGUCUGCUUCAUGGUUCCAUCUUUGUCUCGCUGAUGUGAUAUGUACAUUUAUUUUGACAUAUACCAGUAUGGCACAUUGCCAUCAUUCAGCGUACUAGGGUGUAUACAGAAAAGUUAUAUUCCGUAAAAUACUGAAUUUUACAUACAGAUAUAGACGUGUAGUAAAAAAAAUAUCUGUACAUAUAUUUGUUGCUAAAUUGACUAAAAGUUCUUUAUUUUAUCAACCUGAGUGCUAAGUCGGUUUAUAAAUGAUUAGUGCUCUGAGUAGAAGGUGGGGUGUCCUAACAGAAGGUUGUGUUUUACAAGACUUACAUUCCAAGCACUGAUAUAUUAUAUAAUUAUUAUCCUAAUUUACAUUCUAAUUCAUUGUUUUAUUCAGGUUGGUUGUUUUUACAGUAUGAAAUCCAUAAUGCUUUAAUCUAGUAAUUUGAUGUUCAGUUUUAUAUUAAUCAAUGCUGCAAUAUUUAGCAGUCAACUUUUACGACAUUCUUGCUGAUAGUCUCAAAUCGUACAAGACAUGUUCUUUUCUCCAGUCGAUAUUGUGUAUGUUAGUAAUGGUAAUAGGACUAUUUAUGAUGUGAAUCUAAUAAUUGGCUCUUUUAAAUGACUGCAUACUCUUAAACACAAUUGUCAAUCAUUUUUGAUUUUUAGAAAAUUGUUUGCAGAAUUUCGAAAGCUUGAUGAAAAAGCUGCACAUUUACAGAUCAUUUUCCUUUCCUCAAAUAGUGAUGAGUUUUGUGAAAAUAUAUGUAUAAAAAAUCUCAUUGGUAGAAAUAUUAAUCUUGUUCAUGCAGUCGUUCUGUUUUAGAAAACUGGCGCUGAAAAUAAUGAUUGUCGACAAAAAAUUAUGACAGACAAUAAAGAUGUCAAAUUACAAGAAAUGUCACACAAUUAGUUUUAACUAUUACCAUGGCUGUGCGUGGUUACGUAAGAAUUGAAGUCUGAAAAUAAUAAAUGUACAUCUAUUUGUACAAAAUCUCUUGGGCUUGAAUUUUCUUAUUUUUUCAGGAGCCAAAUUAGAUCCACAUCAUAUUUAGAACCCUGUGUUGAUUUUUGUGUUUUGAUAUUUUAUUAGUAAAGUGUUAAGUAUACGAUGAAUUCUAGACUUGUUGGAAAUUCACUUAAUUGAUCGCAGGUUGUAUUCUGUCAAUUCCAUGCAAUUUCCACCAAAUUAUGCGUAAUAUUGUUUUAUUUUAUAGGCAUGUUGACUUGUAUUGUUUUUAAGAUGAGUUUAUUUAUACAUCUGUUACUGUGUAGAAAAUAUGUAGUGUUUUGUUCUGAAAGUGCAAAUACUGGUUUAGAUUUUGGUUGUGAAUCUCAUUGUUGGGGUAGGAGUUAUAAGUAUACAAUUUAAAAUUCAUCAACAGAGCACUUUGCUGUUAUGAGUUUCUGCUUGUAUAUUUUAACCCCAUUUAUUUUUGCCGUUUUCAUCCUUUUUGUCUUUGAUACUUUGAGAAGAGAUUUAAAGUGAAGUUGAUAUGAAAUGGGUAAUAUCACUUUUAAUGACAUUAUGACAGUAGGGCAAGUUUACAAUGAGUGAAUUUGUUUAUCUAAUAUUUGUUUUAUGUAAUGAAAUACCACAAACUGAAAAGUUACAAAAAUGUCAAAUUUUAUGUUUAUAAUCUUUAAUGUGCAAGACAAUUUACUGAGAAUAUUAUAUGUGUAUUUUUUAUUGUCAAUUACAUUAAUUUCCACUCUCACUGGUAAUUAGUUCACAGAAGGUGAAAAAAACAACAACCAAGAACUGUUUUUAAAAUAAUGUCAUUAAUCAAACUACAACUACAGCAGAUCACAGAAGAAAAAAUGGAUUGAUUCAAUGCCAGCAUGUUUUGUUAUUGUGAUAUAUAAAUGUUGUUAAUUGUUUAGUUGUAAAUUUGACUUUUAUAUGACCUAGAACUGUUCUUGAAGGUUGUUUUUUUUUUUGCAGUAAAUGAUGGCAUAAUUGUUCAGAACUGUUAAUGAGAAAUAAAUUGUUCAGUAAAGAUCAAAUAAAAACUUAAUAAGUUUCAA